AAGUCGCAAAAUAAAUAAAAUUAACUAAAAGUUUCAAAUUGUGUAUGAUUAGCAAGAACCACCGAGGACUUGUCCUGCCAUGCAGUGAGACGUUCUGCGAGAAAAAUGAACUCACAGUCAAAGAGGAAAUCUUUUCCCUUCAAUCCCCCGCAGCCGGGAGUCGCCAUGCAGUUUGGCUUCAAUGCGAAUACAAAUUUCAACAUUGAGACUGAGUGCAGCAAGUGGCCACAGCACAAACGAAAGUCCGAGCAACAGGAGACCGUGCUCCCACCGAAAAUGCUGAUUACAGAGGAGCGGAUCACACAGCACUUCAGUGGAUUGCAGAUUUCGGGCGACUCGAAGGGCGUCGUCGGCAAUUGUGCGGGCAACAACAACAGCGCCUCGAUCGUCACCGGCGGCCUGGCCACCGACGAUAUACCCUCCACCAGCACUGGCAAAACGCACCAUCACCCGAAUCCAGCCUAUCAGAUGGCGGCCAUGGAACUGGAGCAGAAACUGCGAAAUGCCAACCGAAUUGUGAUCUGUGAUGAACUGAAGCCGGGCUCUGUACCGGGCCCUCUGGCGCCUGGUGUCAUACCCCGUGAAUGGCUCAUCAAAUCGGUUCCCCGUCCCUGCACAGCCCUCGUGCCAUGGCAGCCAUCUCCCCUCCAAAUCCCGAUGCCUGUGCCCAAAUUGCCGUCACCGAUGCAUCUGCUGGCCCCUACACCGCCUCUCCCUGGAGAGGAACUCGACGACUAUGACGAUGAUUUGGAGUUCUUUGAGAACAACAAUACUUGCAAUGUGAAUUUAAACAAGUCUGACGAGCAUAUGGACGAGGAUCUGUAGCCAUAGCUGGAAGCCUAAAUAUAAACGAGUAGAUCUGUAUGUUUGCAAGUGCAGCAGGAGGGUUUAAUCGCAUGUAAAGAAUUCUCAUUGCUCCUCAACUCUUUAUGUUUGUUUACACCCUUGCAGAGGGUACCGUACCACUAUUUAAGGAACUACCGUUCUGCAAGGGUAUCAAGCGCCUCGGAUACCGAUGAUAAUGAUAGCCCUUUUUCAUGUCACUCUUCAACUAUUUUGUAUUACUAUUUAAAAUAGAUGUAUGUGAUUUUAUCUAGCUGGAGAUAUCUGUGGCAGUGGAUUUGUUUGUGCUUCUGUUCGAAUAAAGUAAAGCCAAAAUAAAUUUUA